AUGGGACGUGUAGAAAGCACUUUGGAUGCUGUUGAUCCAUUCUUGGAGGAAGAAGAACCAAAGCAAGCAGUACAUUUGGGGCUUCUAGAGGAGGAUGAGUUUGAAGAGUUUCCUCCCAAAGAUUGGGCUGGUUUAGAUGAAGAUGCACAUGUGUGGGAAGAUCAUUGGGAUGAUGAAGUGGAAGAUGAUUUCUCCAAUCAGUUAAGAGCAGAACUGGAAAAACUUUGUUACAUGAUGAAAACCACAUAG